AUGAAACCGAUAAUUAUAGUGCACGGCGGUGCAGGAGAUAUUCCCAAUAGUAGGGUGCAAGGUAAAUUGGACGGAGUUAAGGUUGCAGUAACCGCAGGUCAAGAGGUCUUAAACAAAGGUGGCAGUGCUCUUGAUGCAGUUGAGGCAGCAGUAGUGUCUAUGGAAAAAGACGACAACUUUAAUGCUGGAUAUGGAUCAGUUUUAAAUUUGCAAGGUGAAGUAGAAAUGGAAGCCAGUAUGAUGAGUGGCACAAAUCUUGAUGUUGGUGCCAUAACACUAAUAAAAGAAUUUUCACAUCCUAUAAGCAUUGCGCACAAAGUGUUGACAGACUCCCCUCACUCUUUAUUAGGUGGUGAAGGUGCAAAGUUAUUUGCUUUAGAAAAGGGUUUUAAAGUUGUGCCCUCAGACUCUCUGAUUAGCAUGAAUGCCAGAGAAGCACUGAAAAAGUUCUUAAAACAUGGAGAAUUUGGUAGGACGGAGAUUGGACCUGAAGAUGAAGGAGGAGUCGGCACUGUAGGAGCUGUGGCGAUUGAUGCGGAAGGGCGCGUUGCUGUAGCCACUAGCACAGGUGGUAUGAGCGGUAAAGCAGUUGGUCGCAUUGGCGACACACCUCAGAUUGGUAGCGGAACUUACGCAGAUGAUAAAAUAGGAGGUGUUUCAACCACAGGGCACGGCGAAUCAAUUCUUAAAUUCUGCUUGGCUCAUAGUAUUAUCAAGCUCAUGGAAGGUGGUGCUGAUGCAAACACUGCGACGAGAAAUGCUGUCAAUGCAAUGACGGCACGUCUGAAUAAUACGGCAGGUGCAAUAACUCUUUCCAAUAAAGGAGAAGUUGGUGUUCAUUUUAGUUCAAAAAGAAUGUCAUGGGCUUAUGUAAAAGAUAAUAAAAUAUUUUAUGGUAUUGAACAUGGACAGGUGUUCGAAGAACAGUGUAAGUAA